AUGGCUGGUGCUAUUAGGAAGGUCCUACCUGAUACUGUCCACCGAUGGUGCAUCUGGCACAUAAUGAAGAAAUCACAAUUCAAGCUCGGUGGAUACGCUAGGUAUGGAGAAUUGAAUGCAAUGAUGAAGCACAUUGUGUGGAAUUCUCCUUUGACUGAAUCAUUCAAGGUUGAUUUGGCUGGUUUCAUCAAACAAUUUAACUUAGGCCAAAACAGAUGGUUAGCAGACCUUUAUGCGAAUCGACGGAAGUGGGUUCCAAUAUUCUUCAAGAGUGAAUUUUGGGCAGGCAUGAGGAGUACACAGCAUAGUGAAAUGGACGAGCAGAAGGUAUUCUGGGGGAAGCCUGUCUACCAUACUUUCAUGGUCAAGUUUGACUCUUUGAGUCGAAAGGAUCAGUGCGAGUGCAACAAGUUUGAAUCCGCUGGUAUAUUGUGUUGCCACACCCUUGCGGUGUGGUCAUACUACAGAGUUGACACAGUACCGAGCUGCUAUGUUCUUUCUUGA